CUCCCAUCGGUCCUCACAGCUCUCUGGCGGUGGUCAGUUUGUUUUUUAAUCUAUGGACGACAUCAUCGCCGCCACGUUCCAAUCAAGACGUUCAGUGAUCGGCGCUCCCCUCCUCGGAGACUCCUCCUUGUGACAUCACAGCUGCAGCGCUGCCGGUGGAGCAUCGGGCCGCCGGCAGGGCCCCUCCCCCGGCCCCUCCCCCAGCCUGGGUCGUAUGGAGGGGCCCCCGCAGACGCCGCGGCCCCCCGGGACCUGCGGCUCGCCCGGCCCUGCUGGGGCGGCGUGCUGGAGCUUAGACGCCAGGCUGGCCGCGCUGCUGGUGACGCUCGCCGCCGCCUUCAUCCUGCUGCUGCUGUACAAACUCCUACAGCUGAGACACAGGCUGCUGUUGGCCGGGGCGCGUCCCGCGCUGCAGUACUACAGCUUCUACCACUCCGCCACCUACACACUCAGACACGCCGCGUCGCGCCACGACCUGCUCGCCAAGGAAGGGGCGGAGCCUGACGCCAGCCCGCCUGAGCGGACCGCGGCCAUCGCCUCGCCGCUUCCGCCCCCUCUGCCACCCCCUGUCCCCCCUCCACCUCCGCCGCGGCUCCAGGCUCCGCCCACUCUCACCCUGACGCCUCCCGCCGCCCCGGCAUUCCCUCUCCUCCACCUGCCCGCGAUGCACGCCGCCCCGCCCAGCCCUCACCUGUCCUGGGGCGCCCGCUCGGACGCCGACGUGUACUCUCGGAUCGGAGCGUUCAGGCCCUCCAGGCUCUGCAGCCAAUCCACAGUCAUCCUGUUUGAGCACUCAUCGCUCUGACCUCUGACCUCUGACCUCUGACCUCUGGAAAGGAAAAUGCCAGAAGAUUGUGUCAAAUAACUUUCUGGAGAACUUCAGCCGGCAGUGUUUCUUUCACCAACUUCCUUCGACGAAGUCGUCGGCUCGUUAUUCUCAACGGAACAGUUUGACAUUCUAUAGGGAAAUUAGAUGAGAAGCAGUUGCCAAGCAACCGAUGGAGCGAACCAGGAAGUUACCGGAUCGGGGGUUUAAAAAAAGACGAAGAACAAUUUGCUCGGUGCAUUUAAUCAAAAUGUGAGCAAAUGUUGCAUCUUCUCAAAAAUGUUGAACUUCAGAGAAACUGAACUCUCAGAGAGGAGCCCAGAUGUCUCUGAUGCAUUAUGGGUCGGCGCAGGACAGCGUCAGAGAAAAAGUAAAGUUCAUCAGGUAUUUGGCGUCGUGGGGCAUAUUUUAGGGGGGCUUCAACAAUCCAAGAGCCCAUCGCCAGACUUAAAGAUAUAAUCCCCGGGCACUAGGACCUUGGGGAGGCUGCUCUGGCUUUGCGUUACCUGGCACUCUGCCAAGUCACGUCUCGUCUGAAGAACCCAUUGUUGACCCGGUUGAGUCAUUUCCUCAGCCGGCCCCUCCCUGUUGCCUCUGAUUCUCUCUCUGCUGCUCACUUUCCUUCACUAACGGCCUCAUAUUAUCAUUUAGAAGGUUUUUGUUCAAGCUACUGUCACAAUGUCAUGCAUGAACUUUCAAAUAAAUUGUCCGUGUCUUCAAUUCAAAAUCACAGUGCAGGGAACAUGUGAUGAGCGGAGCAGCGACGCCAUGAGUUCCUCUGGCGAGCGACGCCUUUACAGAUCGGCCGUUCUCUGGAGUAACUUCUGUCUCCCGUUGGCAUGACGACCGGAGCACCGAGGACCCGGCGACAGUUGAACGUUCUCCUGCUAUUGCAGAACGAGUUCCCAAGACCCUCGUUUCAUAACUCAACAAAAGUUUAUCAACUCGAGAGCGACAAAGUUUUAUGUGCACACAGAACCAUGAAGGAGCACCUGGAACCGUAAAUGGUUCUUCAGAGUGAUGCCAAAGAAGAACCAUCUAUGGUUCCUACAAAGAACCUUUCACACCAGGGUUCUCUAAAGAACCUAUAAAAGAUGUCUCAAAGAACCUUCAAAACAUGGUUCUUUAAAGUACCAUUUAUGGUUCCACAAAGAUUUGUUCAAACCAGGGUUCUUUAAAGAACCAUUUUCUCAAAGAGGUAUUUAAAGAACCUAUAAAGGUACCUCAAAGAACCGUAAAAACAUGGUUCUUUAAGGCACCAUUUCUGGUUCCACAAAGAACCUUUCAAACCAGGGUUCUUUAAAGAGCCAUUACCGUUAAAAGUUCUUAUAAAGGUGUCUCAAAUGAAAAAAAGUUUCUCCUGUGGGUGAUGGUUCUUCGUAGAACCACAAAGCCUUUUAAAGAACCAUUUAAGGUUAUGGUUCCGCGUGGCACUCGUCGUUCCCCGUUCGUCUCCUCUCGCGUCGCGUCUCUACGCUAAAAGCCCGUUAAUCCGAUCUGAGACUCUCUGCCUCCUAAUUGGUUGUAAACUGAGAGGAACCGACGUUCUGUAACACGACGCCGCGAUGAAACCAACACAACGGAACGUCACGCAACACGGAACGUGUUUGUGUUCCGGAUCUGGAUAUUAUGAAUUAUUUAUCCCUCUUAGGUUGCUCAUGGGCCAGUCAGAGAUUAUUUUGGUUAUUACAUCUUAAAAUGCAACUUCUAAAUAUAUAUAUAUUAGUGCUGUGAAAAAUAACACGUUAACUCAGUUAAUUAAAUUACAGGAUUAACUAGUUUUGUUUUUUUAACGCAUUUAACGCAUGCGCAGAAUGAGCUUCCAAUCCGUCUGUUGUUGGUCGACUCUAACCAGCAGCAUGUCAUUCUGUCUCUACGUGUCGCGUUAACACGACUCCGAUCUCCGUCUCGCGCGCCGCAGAGCUCGGAUGCCGGCGUGUGCGCGCACAUCGGGACGAAAAAAAGUCACUUGCACCCCCCCCCCUGUCAACAACUCUUCUCUCGGCUCGCGCGGCAGAGCUCCGAUGCUGGCGCGCGCACUGGUGAGCAAGUUAUGUGCCCCCCUGUGUAUAAAUGCAGGGCUCUCAAGUGUCUGCGCGCAUCGGGACGGAGCAAAGAAAAGUCACUUGCACCCCCCCCCCUCAACAACUCUUCUCGGAGCUCUUGCCUGUCUUGAGAGCCCUGUAAAUGUAUAUAUGUGAUUAAUCAUGAUUAAUCCACAGAAACCUGUGAUUAACCUGAUUACAUUUUUUUUAUCGUUUCACAGCCCUAAAAUAAAUAUAUAUAUAUAUAUAUAUAUAUAUAUAUAUAUAUAUAUAUAUAUACUUAACUUAACUAUAUUAACUUAAAGCGCCUCUUAGAACUGGUUUUGUAACUCGCCCACUCGUUCACAUCUUGCCGUUUGUCCACCAGAGGGCGCUGUUCAGUCUGAGACAUAAACUCAUGUUUACAAUGUUUACUGAUACAGUUACACACACAAACGUAUUUUCUGAUCCUUAUUCCACACACACACACACACACACACAUAAAUACAAAAACACAAACACACAGACACACUCACACACAGACACACACACACACACACUCACACACUCACACACACAAAUAAACACAUAAACACAAACACAUAAACACAAACACACAGACACACACUCACACAAACACAUAAACACAAACACACAGAGACACAGACACACACACACAUACACACAGAGACACACACACACACUCACACAAACACAUAAACACAAACACACACAGACACACUCACACACACACACACAUAUUCCGUGUACCUGUUGUCAUAAUGAAUCAGAAUGACGUUUCUUUAGUUCUUAACAUUUGUCCCAUUACAGUUUUUCUAUUUCAUAUAAAUAAAUAAUAAAUGAAAUGGAGAAAAAAUUAA